GAUACUAAGUUUUUUCGUGUCAGGCAUGUUUUGGCGAAGCAGUUUUGAGCUACCUGGAUACAAAGGUAAAUAAGUAAAUAGAAUAAAAUACAUUAACCCAUUAAACUCUAUAAUCUAUAUGAUGUUAUCAUAUACAAAUGAUUACAAACUAUUACACUAUAAAUAGUAACAAUAUUAUAGUCGUGUUUUAACCAUAUUAAUAUAUUAUUAUAAUUUAUUAAUAUAUGCAUAUGUCUAUGGUUUUUACACAGCUGUUGAUAUAUCCAAUACUAAAUUUACUAACCAUAUCUAUAUCUAUAUUUAAGACCUAUUUAUAAUCCAUUUGACCUCUCAAAAUGGCGGAUUAUAACUUAACUUCUUGUUACUAAUUAGCAAUCUUGUUUAUUAUCUAUAAUAUCUGUGCGUACAUUAAACGCAUAGAUAUAAAAGAGAUUAAUAUCUAUGAUAAGACGUAAACAAAACUUUUUAGCGAUAUUGUAACCAAUAAAACAAUACAGCAAACUGUUUACCGUAAACUAAAUAACCAAAACAUGCCAAUUAACGGUGUGGUACAGUUAUUAAAAAAUUAUAAUAAUCGAUUUCGGUAAAUUUAAGAUUUCCAAACUGCAACUUAUCGCAGCACAUAAUUAAAUAUAAAAACACUAAUAACUAAUAAUGGUUUGCUGUUUGCAAGACACGGCAUGUUACAGCGACUCGUUUAUUGAAUUGAUUAAAAAAAAACCUCGAAAUUAAAAGCCUUGGUCCAAAAUACGUAUCUACCUACUAGGACAAAAAAGCACCGGUAAAAAAAUAUUUAAAAAGAAAGCCCCAUUGCAAAUUAAUACCUACGUAAUUAAAAAUAAUGAAUCUGUAAAAUUAAAAAAUAUUAGUAUAUUUUCAUUAUUAUUAUUAUUAUUAUUAUUAUUAUUAUUAUUGAAGUAAUUAGCUUCAAUUACAAAGUAGUACUUAUGAGCUACAAUAUAAAGAUUUCACAUUUCCUUUUUCUUUUCGUGCAUUUAAAUUAACUUAGGUACUUAUGUAGAUUAGUCUUUUGAUUUUUAAAAAAAAUGUAUUAUUUUGUUUCAUUGUUAUUUUCUUCUAUUUCUGGUUCUAAAAUUUUGUGCAAUUUUAUUGAUCUUGUAUCAGUGUAUCUGGAGCUCAAUCAAGAAGGAGGCGGUUAAAAAAAUUGUAAUAUACACCACAAAAUAUUGCUAGGGGUUUCCUCAUUCAAAAAAAUAGCAACAGUUAUCAUUUUUUUUUUUUUAUAAUUUGUCUCCUUGGCAAUUAAAAAAAAAUAGUUUAUAGGCAUAGACUACAAUUAAUAAUAUACAAAAAAAAAAAAUGAUGUGUAUAAUAUAUAUGUAACAAUCAAAAGCCGAAGUCGGGCAAAUCAAAGAAAUUUAAAAAAUUGAAAUUUAUGGUACAUAUGGAUUAGGUAUAUCAUUAUCACUACUUUUUGAUAACGCUGAUAAAAAUUCCCAAGAAAUAAUAAAUAACACGGUUAUAAAUACUAUAUUAUUUUAAUGCCUAUUUGACUAUAGCCUAUAGCCGUGAUUAAAAAAUUCAAGAAGGGGAGAUCCACCCAUCGCCCUUCUCAAAUACACCACUGUCUGAUAUCAUGUUUCCCUUUUUUUGUGUUUUGUAUAACGACAUUCAGUUAGGUAGUAUUAUUCAGUUUUAUUAGAAUAUCAUAGAAUAAUAUAACAAUGAGAAAUCCAAGUGUCCAAUUAUCCAUAUUGAAAAAUGGAUUUCUAAUAAAAUUAGGAUCCUAAUUAAAUUAUAAUAUAAUAAAAUGACAGAUAUACAAUACAGAAAAAAAAGAUAAGUUAAAUGACGUAAUGACGAGAUAAUUUCUUAAUAACAUGUUCGGAGUUUGAAUUCAGAAUAGCAGGGAGAUUAAAAGAAAUAAUUAAGGAGAUUUAAGAAAGACAAGUAAAACAUUGAUGUUCAUCAGAUAAUGAUGACAGUCGAAGAGGAUGUGGGAUAAAUUGCAAAUACUAAAUUAGGGUUUAUUUUUGAUUAAUUUCUUCCAUUCACUUGCUUUAUUUCGCUUUUAAAUUUAAAUAUUUAUUUAUUUAUUUAGUAUUUCACAUUAAGUAUAAUUAAUUUAAAGACAAUACAAUUACAAUACAACUGCAGAUACGUAGGUAGCCAAAUGAGCUAAAUACUCGUAUCUGAUAUAUAUAUAUAUAUAUUUAUACAUAUAUUAGUAUAUUAGGUAUAUAGAAAUUACAUUUUCAUGCUAUUAUUUAUUUGUUGUAUUAACGCCAAGCGACAAUUAUGUAGGUAAAAACAAAUAUAAACUAAUAUAUUGAACAACUAGUAUAAGUUAAAAUUAAUUGAAUGCAAUAGCAAAGUGUUAAAUAUAACAUGUAUCUGAACUAAAUUAGGUCAGAAAAUCAGAAAGAACAUUAUUAAGGAAACGCAGCAUUCGGUAUAAUGGAUGAUUAAAACCAGAAGAGGUAUUGAGUGUGGAGGAAUAUAGAAGUGAAGCACGUUUGGAGCAACUAAUAAAACUGCAACCAGUUUGGACCAUUACUUUUAAACUUCUAUAAAAGCUCGCUAAAUAAACGUUCUGUUAAACUAAUAUAAGGAAAACUCUGAUCCAAACGGGCUGUAUAAAAGUAGUAAUUUUUAGCCCAAACGGGUCUUCAAAAUUGAUCCAAACGGGUUGUUUCAGAAACAUUGGUCCAAUCGGGUCUUGCCCGAAUUUAGAAAUAUAAUUAUUAUUUAUCCUUAUCAUUUUCGAAUUACUGUAAUCAUCUUGCCAUUAUACCCUAGAGCCUAAAUCAUAUACAAAUUGCAAAUGUAUAGCAUAUACCAUAAUAUAUUGCAUUAUACCAUAGACCUAUAAACUAAGUUUUUAGUGCUAUGCAUUGUACGCAUGACAAAAUAUAUAGGUAUGAUCACAUUACACCGAUAACCAAUACGUUUACUGUUACCGUAGUUCUAUGUGAAUAGAUAUAUUCGACCAAUGAGAAAAGGAGAACUAGAUCGUAUAGACGGGGUGUGGUGAAGGUAGCGAAUAAUGUGCAUAGGUACCAUUAAUACACAGAAAGUUGCUCACAAAACUAUUUAUUUUGUUAUGAUAACAACCUGCAAGGCGGUGACUUGGUAUCUGAGCCAUACAAUAGCUUUAUGUGCCAAAUGCCAAUACUUAAUUAUGUUUAUCUAAGUUGUAAAUAGUUGUUCAUAGAUAAAAGAUUAGUAGCAAAUACUAUAGACUAUUUGUUAGUUUUACACUCAUGGAUUUGGCCUUUUUUUUCAUCCUAUUAUUCAAGGAUUUUCUUUUAAACUGUGCAUUUUACCAUACGGACACCUAUAUGGCUAUAUACUGCCUAUACCUAAUUGUACUUAUUCAAGUAUUCUAUCUAAUGUAUCUACUGCUACUUUUGUCUAUUAUUAAUCCCAUUAUUCAUCGAUCGGUACUAUAAUUUGAAAUAAUUUGGAAUCAAAAUAAUAAAAAAAGUAAAAACAUUUGUAUAAGACAAUUAAUUUAAUAUAGCGGUAAAAUAAUAAUUGGGUGUAUUAUAGCAAUAACAUUGUUUUUAAGAGGUCAUAACAGGUUGAAAAAAACAUAAUACACACAUCGCCUAUACUGGGUAUUUAGAUAUAUAUAUACCUACCUACCUCCUCAAAUAGGUGUGAGAUUACCUAAAUAAAAAAAAUAGGUAAUUAAAGUAUUAUUAACAUUAAUCAAAAUUAAUUUGAUAACUAAAGAUAUCUAAUAAUUUGAAAAACGUAAUGUAUCUAGUGUUCGAAUUGGGGAAGGAACGCAGAAAGACAGAGCUUCUACAAUUACGAGUUUUAUAAUAGUUUUACGAAAAUGUCAUAAUGUAUAGACUUAUCUAUAUUUUCGGAAUCUUAGGGGGCCCAUACAAAAAGGCACAACUAGAAGGGUGCUAGGAAGUCUUUAACAUCCCCAAAAAUACCCAAUGAGCUUUUUUGUAUAGUAGUUUUUGUAUAUAUUUUACAAAAAAUGCAUGUGUGUAUAAAAAUAAAAUUUAUAAAAGACGUCCUAGAUAAUGGGAACAUCGAAAAAUGACCUCUCUAAAGUACCUCCCCAAACUGAUUUUUUUAGAAAAAUUGCUAUCAUUUUAAAUUGAAGCAACAUUGCUGAUACAAAGGUUGUUCAUAGGAAAGAAAAAAAGUCGUAAUAUAUUUUAACUUAUACUUAUAUUUCUUACAUUUUCCCGGUUUUUUUGGCUUAUCACAUUUAAUGAGAAAACUCUUGAGAAAACGGCAAAAUUAUAUCGCCAAGGUACCUCCUCACGCCGAUUUCCUUUUAGAAAAGGUGCUACACUUAAAAAUCGGAGCAAGAUUUUUGGUAGAAAAGUUGUGCACAGAUAAAAAAAAAAAUAAACAUUAUUGUAAAAUCAUAAGCUUCUUCGCUCCACUCAAAAUCUAAAAGAGUUGAUACUGGAGAUUGUGUCACUUUUAGAGAUGAAAAGUUAGGAAAGUAAGAUACAUAAAGUAAUUUAAUUUAAAUCUUUACUUAUGCAACAAUUAAUUAUUUUUAAUAAAAAACGAUUUUAAGUGACGAUCGGUCAAUAUGGUAUAGCUUUUUCAACAAUGUGUUUUCACAACAAAAAUUUGUAUAAAAAAAAAGAUAAAUUAAUAAAAACUUAAUAAUAACAAAAAUGUAUAAAAACGGUGGCCAGUGACAACCUUAUUUUUAAUAUUUUAAUAUUUUUUAGCCUAUAAUUAACCAGCUUUUCCUAAUUAUCUCAAAUAUUAGUUAGAAAUUCAAAAAAAUGACCUUUUUAGAACGAGUACAUAUCAACUAGAGUCAAAAUACAACAAAAAAAUCUGUUUUCAUGUUUUGAUUGGAGAAAGAUUUCAUGCAACAAAAAAGAUCUUUUUGACGUUUUUCUAUUGGAGCGAUAUUUUUGGUAGAAAUCAUAGUUAGCAAAUUAAAAACAAUGAAAUUGAUAAUGUCGAGUAAUCUAAUUAUUUUCUGUUUUUGGAUAAUUUCUUUUGGGUUUUUCCCAAUUAUUAUGAAAAUCCAGUGGAAAAUCAAAACAUGACUUCCGCAAUGCACCAAUAACAUAAAAUUUCCUUUCAAAAAAGGUGCUACUCUUGACACAUAGUAGAUUUCUUGUAGAAAAGUAGCUCACAAACAUAAAAAAAUUUUUAAAAAUAGAAUAAUGUAGACUGGUGCAGCUACUGUUAUAGGUAAUUUAAUAUAUAUCUGUAAGCAACGCUUAACUAUUGCUAACGAAAAAACGAUUCUAAUCAGAGUUUAGUUGAUAGUGAUGCUUUGUCAACAAUAUAUAUGUCAUACUAUGGUAAAAUAAUUAAAAAGGCAUUAAAUAUUAUCUUUCAUAAUAUUUGUUUACUGUACCAAUUUUCCCCUUUUUCCUACGUUUUUCCCGGUUCUUUCUAUGUUUUUUCCUGGUUUUUCACAUUGCUGGGAAAACUCUUUGCUGAAAAAAUCGAAUAAUGGAUUCUCUAAAGUAUCUCUCUAGUAAAAUUUCCUUUUAGAAAUAUUGCUAUCAUUGAAAGUUUAUUAAUUAUAUUUACAUUUUCUAAACAUUUUAGCCAUUUUUAAGCUAUUCAUAUAAAUUUGAAUUUUGCAAGAUUUUUACUAAUUUUUUUUCGGUAGGUACUUUGCGAAUAAAAUGUUUAGACCAAACAGAAAUGCUUGAAAAUUGAACAGAAAGUUCAUUAUAAAUUGUACUUAGUAGUAAAAAAAUUACAACAAUUCUGUAAUGUUAAAUAUGAAAAAUUGAGUGUAAUGUAGUAUUUUUUUUUUAUAGGAGUUCCGAGUUGUGCCCCAAAUCUAAAAUUUGAAUUUAAGGAUAUAAUAGUUCCGUCUCGGGUUUUUAAAAUGGAUCUACUAAUUCCGUUAUGUAUUUAAUUAUACGAGUUCCGGUCCGUGUAAUUUAUUAAGUCAUGUGAGUUCCGUACUGUUUUGCAUUUUCUACACUAUAUUAAUUUACAAUUUACAAUUUACGACUACGGUAACAAUUUUACAUUAUUUAGAAAUAAAGAUAAUAUUACUUUCAGUUAUCGCACUAAAUAAUCGAAUUUAUACAUUAAUACUUUAAUAUUAUUUGAAUUUUUUCUUUAUUUUUAACAUUGAUAAGAAAAAUGAUUGUAUCAAUUAUUAUUUUUUUAUAUUGUUUAAUUUAAGAAUCUUAAAUAAAAUUAAUAAUUAAGAAUCGAUAAUUUAAUUUAUUAGUUUUUGGGUCAUCAAUCUAAAAUCAUGUCAAUUAGGGAAUAAUAGACGAGUCAGGAGGUCUGACUACACACUUCCACUAAAACUAAUUCGGUAUUUAUCUAAUUAUAGGCAUUAUAAUGUACAGGUAUUAGACACUGUAUCAAUAUUAUAUUAUAAGAAUACAUUUUAUAUUCCGUAAUCAUUUAAUAUUUUGAACAUGUCAUAAAUAACACAAUCGAUCACAACGUCGUCGUAUUAAAUGAGAAACAAAUGGUAUUCUAGAAUAUGUAUUUUUUGGUGUCAGGGACGAACUAUAGGACAUUGGGUUGAGUGAUCGUUGUAUAAGUCUAUAUUAUUUAGGUCACUUAUAGUAUAAUAGAACUAUUAGAACUAGUAGGUACUAGGUACUAUAACCAUUGAGGAAUAAAGUUAAAAUGCAUUAUCGAAUUUACCGGGUUUAUUUUUUCAGGGAUUUAUAUGCUAUUAUUAUACUAUUUAUUAAAGUUUACACUAUAGAUAAGAUAUUAGGAAUCUAUUGCUUUUAAAAAGUUAGCAAGGCUGCCAGAGAUUUUGACACCAGCGAUCGGGUAUUAAACUCCUAUACCUAUAGUACAACUUAAAUUGAAAUCAAAUCGUAUUUUUUGCCUUUUUUAUUUUCCUAAUUAUUAUAUAACCUAGGUACUUUAGGUAUCAAAAAACGACUUUCCCUUUCAUUGGCUAUAUAUUUAAAGGAACAAAAUCGAUAUCUUGUAAUUUUUAAAUUGGAACAAAAUUUCUGAUAGAAAACAUUGUUUGCAAAAAUUAAAAUAAUUCAACCGGUGUAACAGGCAAAUCAUACUACUAGAAUAAUGGAUACCCUCCGGUACGAUUAUGCUAGGAUUAUUAUACCCAUCGGUACCACAAUUAUAGUAUUUAUAUACCCUUCAAAUUUACCAUACUUUCCAGUGAGGUAUGAAAUUCCUAGAGUAUUUAAACACCAUAACUCGGUAGUUUUUUAAUGUACCUGUGCGGGACCUUCACUAAUAUAUAUAGAUAAGUUAGGUGCACUUCAUACUAAAAAUGUCCCCCCACUUCUGAUUUUUGAAUUAAGUAUAUCUCGGCAGGAAUCAGUGAUAAGAUAAUGGUUUCAACUCCAAAAAGUUUAACUUGGCACUCUACACAAGUCCCCUCUAUUUCUACGGGAUUAAAUUAUAGAAGGGACAUGUAUGGUGGUCUAACCCUAACUUUUUCGCGUUUUAACUACUCUCUUAUGUUAACAAAUCCUGCUGAAAUAUACUUAAUAUAUAAAAUGCCUCGCCGACCAUAUUGAAAAGUCAUCCCUUGUUAUCCCCUGGAAGGGAUUUUAUGGUAUCAAGUUAUGAAGGGGACUUGUGUAGGGUGUUAAGUCAAAUUUUUCGGCGUUGAAACCAUUCUCUUAUCACUAAAUCUUGCCGAGGUUUACUUAAUCCAAAAAUUAGAAGCGGGGGAUUACUUUUAAUAUGAAGUGCACUAUAUAUAUUAGUGGGUACGUUAAAAAACUACCGAGUUGUGGUGAUUAAAUGCUCUAAGAAUUUCAUACCUCCUUGGAAAUUAUGGUAAAUUGGGGGGGGGGUAUAUAAAUAUUAGAAUUAUGGUACCGAGGUGUAUUAUAAUCCUAGUAUAGUCAUAUCGGGGAGGGGUAUCAUAUUCCUCGGUACAGAAUGCCUGUGACACCGGUACACCAAGUUUCCGUAAAUAUUAAUCAUUUUUAAAUUUGUUAGUUUUAAUUAAUUAUUUUGAAAAAUCCCUUCAAUGCAUUCCUUCCUUUCAAAAAAAGUGCUUAUACUUGAUACUUCGAAGCAAGCUUAUUGAUAAAAAGUUGUUCACGGAAACGAAAAAAAAUAAAUAAAUGCACGCACUGUUGUAGAUGAGAAGUUGGGAAGGAAAAAUAAAAAAAUGAAACUUCAUUGAGCUAUCUUAAUUAAUAUUUUUUAAAAAUGUUUUGUUGUAUAAUUUAUAAUAUUAUAAAAGUAUAUGAGUAAAUUGUAUAAGUUUCGUAUGUAAUAUGUAAAUUACAUGUAAACUUUUAUAAUAUGCACAAUAUAACUAUUAGGUAUUAAAAAUGUUUUUUCUUUAUUAAAAUAUUGUUCAUAGAAUUUAUUGGAUUUGCAAUCGCAUUUGAAUUUGAUUAUUAUUUAUUUUUUUUUAUCUGUAAACAAGUUAUCUACUAAAAAACUUGUUCCGAAUUUAAAGUGUAGUACCUUUUCUGAAAGAAAAUUAUUGUUUUAUGGUAAUUUCAGGAAGUCGAUUAUUGAUUUUCCAAGCGGUUUACAUAAUAAUUGGGAAAAACCGGGAAAUAUAUGUUUUUUGUUGUGAAAAUAGUAGUUAAAAAUAUUCGAAAACUUGAAAUUUGGACAGAAACAUUAUAUUGGCUUUUUAUAAAUUUGGUAAUAUACUAAUAUAAUAUAAUAUAAUUUUUAUAAUUUUUUUUUAAAUUUACAAAACAUAUUAGCCAUUUUUGAGCUAUUUAUAGACAUUUUAAUUUUGUGAUAUUUUUAUUUGGUAGGUCCCUACCUACUUCGUAGAUAAAAUUGUUUGAUCAAACAAAAGUGCUUGAAAAUUUAACAUGAGAUUCAUUAUAAAUCGGAUAUAGUGACAAAAAAAAAAUUAAGUGUAAUGUAAUUAUUUUUUUUCAUUUAAAGUUUUAAAAUCAAAAUUUUGACAAAAAUCGUAAGUAUUACGGACUUUCAAAGCAUGUAUAUUUAAUCAAUCUUCGCUCCGAAUCGUUUUUAUUUGAUUUAUUGUUACUUUCAGGUAUAAAUUAAAUAACAUUAUGUAUCCUACCUUUCUAAGUAAGAAUAGUAAUAUAAAUUAAUGAAGGAGAAAAAGACCAAAAAGGCGAUUUUUGGAUGUGAAUAUGCGAUUUGCCGGUGUAUGCAAAGUGGGAGAUCAGGUCAAAAGGAAGUUUAGAACUACGAUUGCUGACACUAAAUAUUUGGAAUGAAAGAUAAGAAAUUAAGGAAAUAAAAAAGAAUCAAAUAAUGGACAUUCAAACAAAUACAAAUUAAAAUUAAUAAAUAGAAUAUGCAUUCAAUAUUUUAUAGACAUUGAAAAAUAAAGUAUAGAAAUUUAAAUGUUUAUGUGACAACCCAUAGCUACUUUGCUACAAUGUUAUUAUAUUAUUAUCUCUGGUAUCUAGGUAACUAAUCAUAAAAUCCAUAACUGUGUGAUUAAUCAUCACAAUUUGGUGAUUACAAUAUUAUAUUGACUUUAUACUCGAUUUAUACAGUAUAAAUAUUUUUUAUUUUUUUAUUUCUCUUUUUCAGUAUAAAGUCAAUGAGUGAUUAAUACCAUGCUUAUCUACACGUUAUCUAUAACCAUCAUUAUAACAGAUUAUUUGGUCAGUUUUUUUCUUAGAUUAUUCCUUUGAUAACUAUGUUUUUUUUUUAUUUUCAACUAAUUUUUUUGGAAAACUAUUUUUCGAUUUAAAUACUGUUUGGCCGAAAUAUUUUGUAUAUUAUGGUAUAAUAAUUUGUUAUUUUUUUUUAUCAAAUGCAUAUUUCCAAAAAUAGAGUGCGCUCUGAUCGUUUUAUCGUCCUGCUUCUGGACACAAACUGCACAAAUUACUUAGAUAAAAAUAAUAAAUAUACCAAUGUACUAGUUCUAUAAUCCAUACUCCAAAGUAUUUUUAUUGUUUAAACUUUCAAUUAUAAAUAAUUAUUAAUUUUGAUAAUCAAAUAAUUAAAAUAUACGAACUUUUAAAUUAUGAAUACAUUUGAUGUUCUAUUAUUUGUGUUUUUGUAAGGUAAAUAAAUGUGUUCUUCUGUAUUCAUCACUUGUACUUUUAACUUGAAAUGAUAACUACAAAUUUGAUUUUAUUUCUUAACAUUUAAUCCAUGUUUAAUUGUUAUAUAUUUUACUUGUAUUUAUUGAUAGUCGAUAGAUAAUCAGUUUUUGAAUUAUUUUGUUAAUGUUUAUUUUGAAUUUAUUUUUGUGUGUUUGAAUAGUUUUUAACUCUUGAAUGUCGUGUGAAGUUAUAAAGGACUGUUAAAAAUCUAAAUUUUACACGUUAUAAAAUAUAUUUGUUUUAGAAAAUAAAUUUACAUUUAUCAAUCUCCUAUGAAAUAUUGAAUACAAAUUGUUAUACUUCCACUUAUGAAUUUCAAUUUUUGAUGAAAUAAGAAGUAAACUACAAAACAGAUCAAAUAGUCAACAUAAUUGUAAGUUUUUGUUCCAAAAAUGUGUAUUAAUAGUAAUACCUAACUAUAUAUUAAUUUGUAUGAUUUUUAUUAUUUUGUAUUAAAUUUAAUAAAUUAUAGGUACCAGGAGAAGCUAGCAAGAAGUAACUCACUAACCGCAUCAUAGAAUGAGAAAUAUGUAAGAGCUAAGAACAUAUAAAAAAAGUUUGUGGAAAAAUUAUGCAUAUUAAUCUAUUGAAAGUAGUAAUAUAUAUUUUUAAAAUGUUUUUGUCCUAUGAGAAUAAGGUAUAUGUGGCUUGUGAGCUGCAGGUUGACCGCCCCAAUAAUAUAGGUGUAUUUUGUUUGGGCAACUUGUACCUAAUGCAGUGGUCCAACCAGAAUUUUUUUAAGGGAUAUUACGUUUUUUUUUUAUAUAUUUAAAAAUAUUUACAAUCUGUGAAAAGAUAGGUACAAUAAGCAAAUCUGAUAACAAUACGGCGUGUCCCACAAACAUAUGCCCAUUAUAAUAUCUUCAGAGAUAAUAAAGAUAGUCAAAGUCUGGGUUUUUUUAUAUUACUCACUGAGAUAAGGGCUAAAAAUAUUUAUAAUGCGCUAUAUUUUUUAUGUUUUGUUAAUAAAUUAUUUCCACACUGAAAAUAUAUCUACUGCAACCACAAUCUACACCAUCCCUUUUAGGUUUUUUUUUUUUGACGAAAAUUAAUUAAUUAAUUCAUAUUAUUGUUGAAACAAAAUGUUGCGGAAAAAAAAAGUUGAAUAGAGUUUACUGUUCUUUAUCGGUUACUGGUUAGACCAUACAAUUUAUAUAUAUGUAUAUUGGUGUUUUAAAAGCUAAACACAUCUGGUGUAAAGAAUAAACUAGUUCAUCCAGAAAUCAGAUUUGGCUGUACCAUAUACAUAACUAUACCUAAGACAAGAGCAUAUCAUCAAUGUCCGUCCAAUAUUUAUCGUCCAAGACGUAGAUAACAUACAAUGUGAUCAAUGUUCGUAUAGGUAGCCUACGACACAAAUUCCAUUUAAAAAAACUACUUAAUUAUUUUUAAAAAAUUUGAAGGUAUUUUAUAGAGUUUAUUCUUCUGAAAAUGUUGUCACAUCAACUUUUUAUUUUCAUUAAAUUUGUGUUAAAUAAUUUUUUAAAGUUCAGAGAAAAUAAGUGUACUGUCAAAAUUAAUUGUAAUAAUAAUAAUCAAAUAGAGAAUGUGAUUACAGUCUGCUGGCUCCUGCAUAAUUAUAGGUACCUACCUAUAAUUACUUUUCUUUGAAUUUUAAAAAAUUAUUGAAAAUAAUGAAAAUAAAAAGUUGAUACAUCAAAAUAAUUAGAAUAAUAAACUCUAUAAAAAUGGGUAUCUUCAAAUUUUUCAAAAAUAAUAAAAUAAAAAGUUAUUUUUUAAUUUUUUUAUCAUAGGAUACAAAAUUAAUUGCAAUAUAAAUAUUUGUUGUCCUUAUUCCUGUGUCUAAUAUAAAAUAAACAAAAUUUAGUUAUCCUUGUUAUUUCCAGAUAUAUUUUAAUGUGUAUAUCUUCGAGUAUAAUAUAAUAUAAUAUAACAGUAAUAUGUAAAUGUAUAAUAUAAUUUUAACAGUAAGUAAUACGAGAAAGGAGGUUAUCCAGUGAUAAAAUCUGUUACGUGGCCAUUUAAAAAAAAAACAUGGCUUUUAACAUAUUUUAAUAAAUGUAUAAUGUUUACCAACAGAAGGGGAGGGUAGUGUCUAGACAUCCAAAAUAACCCCUCUGAUUGCACCACUAUAUUAAUGUAUUAAUCAAAUUUGUUUUUUUUUUGAACUGUUUAAAAUAUUAGUUAAAAGUAUCCAGGUUUAUUUUAUGUAUUAUUAAAACCUAAUUAUUAACAUUUUUGUUUUGUUUUUAGACUAUUGAGGAAGUCAUUGAAUUACACAACUACAGUGAUUUUUAGCUGAAGAUAAUUUAGCUUUUAAAGACAUAAAAAAUAAAGUUUUCAUAAAACAAGGUAUUGACAUUUUAAAUUGUUCAAAUUUUAAUUUUAAUUAUGGUACUCGUAUUUGUUUAUGAGAGUUUUAUAAGAAUUAUUAAUUUGCAUACUAUUCAAGAAAAGGUACCUUAAUAAUUGCUUCAUAUAUACAAAUAUAAUUUAUUUUACUUAGUUAUUGAGUUUAACAAAAAAUUAUUUUUAUUUCUCUAGUAUUGUAUGUUAACAUUAUUUCAUAUAUAAAUCAUGUUUCAUAAGUCCUAUGAACAGUUAGGUUAACCAAUUAUAAUGAAAAAAAGUUAAAUUUAUAGCACGUCUGGUUUUGAUAAUUUUGAUUUGUAUUAUUUUGCUGCUUUAAAUUCAGUAUUUUUAUAAUUUUAAACUUGAAAUAUCAGUAUUGCAAAUAGAUUUAAUAUUGUCAUCCAUUGAAAUAUAGAGACAACUACACUAUAUACCAGAGGUGGCCAAACAAUUGAUUGGGACAUGUAGAUAACUGAUGGUUUAAAUGUCAAUCUCCUUUUAUUAAAACUUAAUUUUCAUAAUUAGUGAAUAAAUCUCAAUUUCUGAUCAUUUUUAUCUUAAUAUAUCAUUAUUUUGUUGUCGAUUCAUCAAGUAAUACAAUUCAACAGAGUUUACGUUGGCGAAUGUAAUUACUAUAUUAUAUCAAUUUUAAUAGAAGUGUCAUGAAAAACUUAUUUAACUAUACAUUUUAUUAUUAUUUAUUAGCUUUACAUGUAAAUUUAUUCUUAAUAUCUAUUAGGUAAUUUAUAAUUAUAUAUUCACGUUAAAAAGUCAAUCCUCAAAGAAAAAAUAUAUUUUUAGUAGAUCUCAACUAAAAAAACUUUGACCACCUCUGCUAUAUAGCAAUGCCAUUUCUCUAUUCUUAUAUUUGUUGCCUUUUCAUAUUAAAAUGUAUUGUGGAUACUUAAAAGUUAAGAUGUAUAUUAUUAUAGAUAAUUUAUGUUGAUAUUUAUUUCAAAAUAUAUACCUAUUAUAUAUUGUAUAUAUAUUUUAGAAAAAGAAGAAAAUAUUAAAGUACCUAGCCAAUUCAUUAAAUCAAAAGAGAACAGUCAAAAUAAGUUGAGUAAAUAAAAAUGUAGAACAAACUAAACAUUUCGUUUUUAAUCAAACUACCUAUGAAGAAGAUUAAUCUUGUAUCAGGUUUGUUGUUCCUAGAAUUAUUAAUUUUGAUUUAGUUAAAAAUAUUUAACCAUGGGUAUCAAAUUAUUAUAAAUAACAGUUUAUCAGUUUAACAGUUUCUAUAUAAGUUUAGUAUUUUAAUCUAUAAUUAACUAAUUUAUUAUAUUGUGCUCUAUUUCUAUCUAUUUAAAAACUAAUAUCAAUUUUGACUAACACGCAAUAAUCAAUCAAUUUGAAUAAAACAUUUUAUUGCCUACCUAAACUGAAUAGUUAUUUAAAAUUAAUUUAAUAUCAUUGAAUUUUUAUGUUGAAAUACCUUCAUAAAUUUAAUUAUUUUGAUAGAUAAUAAUUAAGUUGUAUAUUUUAUUUUUAUUACAAAAUAUAUUAUGAUUUCUAUUAAUAAGAAAAUGGAAACAAAUUUAUUUAUUUAUAAUGUUAGAUACAUGGUUAAUGGUUAUAGGCUACUAUGACUAAAAUAAUUUAUAUAACACAUUGAAAUCUUAUAUUUUGAACAGAUAAGUCAGUUAGUUUCAUACACACUGUGUAUUUUUGUUCCCUAACAUUUAAAAAAAAACAGUAAAUUUGUUGAAAAUUUACAAUACAGGGAUACAUAUAGAUUCUAUAUAGACACAUUAACAAUAUAUAAAAGUCUGAAAGAUUAGAAAAAAUAUAAAAUUAAUAAAUUUAAACUCUGUACUUUGCAAUAUAUUUCACAUUUAAAUCAAUAACAAUAGUAUUCCUACCAUUUCUAUUUCCUGGUAAGAAAUUUGAAAUAAAUGUUUAAUACUGAAAUCAUUCUACUUUUUAGAAUAUGUCAUUGUUUUUAUAGGUUUUCUAUUUAUAUACCUAUAUUAUGUUUUUUCAAUAAUCCAUCUAAUAUAAUAAAAUACAAUUUUCUUAAAACAUUUUUAAAAUAUAGUGUCUGGCAAUUCCUUGAAGUCAGUUUUUCAAUUUCUAUAUGGUUUUCUUAUCUAAUUUGUGGAUUAUGGCUAUGAAUAUAGUUAAUAGAAUAUUUUUUAAACUGAUUCUUGGUUUGUUUAUAUUAGUACAUGAAUAAAAAAAACUUAUUAUAAAAAAAUGUUAAUAAUGAGACAUAGUUUUUUAUUUAUUAUUUAUAUUGAAUUUAUCAUCUUGCACUAUGAAGAGGGUUUGGCUAGUAGUCAAUAAAAUAAUAAAUAUAUCUAUUUUGCAAGUGAGGAACAUUAUAAAAGUGUUUGUUUAGCUUUUUAAUUUAAAUAAACAAAAAAUUAUAGCUUUAGAAAUAAAUUGUUAGUUAUAUACGAUUUUCACUCACUUUAUAGUGUGUGUAUUAAUUAAUAAUAAUAUAAAAUAUAAGUAUUUUUGUUAUUUAUUAUUUUAUGACAAAUUUUUAAUUAUAGGGUAAGAAUUAGAAUAAGAAUUUCUUAUUUUAAUAUUUCUUUACAGUUUCAAAGGCAUUAAACUGAGAAAUGUAUAAAAUAGCCUCUUUAAAAUGCCUUUUUUGUUAAAAUCGCCAGUAGAAACUUUUUAAACAUAAAUACACUGUUAAAUAUUUCCAAGAAAAACAUUUCACAUAAUUUAAAAAAUAAUUGAUCUAACUCUAUAGUACAACUUUAUUUAAAUCGAAAAUCAAAAAGAGUUUUGUAAAAUAUUUAAGCGCUGACUAAUGUGUUAAAAAUUAUAUUAAUUUUUUUCGAACACAAUAUUUCAAUAUUAAAAAUAAUUUAUUUUAUUAUUAUUUUUAAAUAUAAAAUUAAUAUUUCCCAACCUAAUAUUUAUUUCUAGUUCAAUCUAUUUCAAAUUAUUAUAAUUUUUAAAAUAAAAACGCCAAUAAAUUAAGUUUAAAUAAGUAUUUAUAAAAUGGGCAUUGAAUUAAUUUUGACUUGUUAUAUAUCAAUAUUUAAUAAAUUUUCUUUUUAUCAUUCUAAUUUAUAAAGAUAUUAAAUCAAUUAAAUCAUGGUUUAAAAUGUAGCCAUGAUGUCAUUUAUUAAUUCUUUUAAUAUUUCAUAUAACUUUAACUGUUAUCACCACAUUCUUUACCUUAAAGAUUGUUUAUAUAAAUGUUUUAAAAAGUUAAAAGACAGAUUAUGAAAAUAAGUACUUAUGUUCAACAAAUUUAAAGAUUUUAUAAAACAAUCUACUUUUUAUUUAAAAGAGUAACGUGGUAUUCAUUCAAUAUUUUCUAAUAUUUAUAGGAUUCAAAUAUGUAUGCAUAUACCUAUGUAUAGUAUAUUAAUCAUAAUAUUAUUAGGUAUAUUUUUAAUAUUAAUUUAUGACAAUUAUUAAUUAGUUUAUCAAUAUAUUUUGUAUCUAUAUAAUCAUAUGAUACAUACUUGUAUAGGAUAUAAUUUGAUUAAUCAAAUAUACAAUAUGUAUGGCACCCUAAGUAACAUAAAUUUAAUUUUUAAGUAUUCAAUUUUUAUUUUUUUAUUAAAAAAAUUAAUAAUUUUAGUAUAUAGUAAAUAGUAAAUAAACAUAAAAAAAAAUAGUAAUUAUUCCAAUUAAAUAUUAAUUAAAUUUAUUACAUAUAUUUAAUGAAUGUGUGGGUAUCUUUAUUCGCGUUAUAAAUAAUCAUAUCAAUAAUGUAUGUUAUUUAUUCUUUUAGAUACAAUUGGUAAAAAGUGUUAUUUUUCCAUUUGUUUCAAUAAUAUUAAAUACCGAAAUACCUAUAUUUUUUAUUGAAAUUUGUAAAAUCUAUAUAUAGGAAUAUAGAUUAAAAGUUAAAAAGUAUAAAGAUAAAGUUAAUACUUUUAAUUGUUUUGAGAUUUAUAAUAUAUUUUCAGUAAAAUAUAUUUACUAUUAGGCAUCUAAAUAUUAUGAGUAUUUAUAUUGUUUUAAAAAUCUUAACUAAAUAUAUUGGUUCAUAAAAAUAUAUUAACAAUAUAUAAUAUAAAUAAUGAUGAAAACCUAAUUUUAUUUGCUCAAUAAUAAAAAUCAAUAUUAUAAAUACUAAAGUAAAAUUUAAUGAACCAAGAAAGUCUUUGAAUAAUAUUGUCCAUACGUGAAAACAUACUAAUAAUUAGGCAGAUAUAAUUGAAAACAAAGUACUUCACUAGCAUUAACUUGAAUUAUUUUUUUGUUUUUAAAAUAGUCUAUUAAUAAUUUCAAAACUGUCGUUAUUUAAAAUAUAUUAUUCUCAGUAAUGAAGUAAUAUUAUAAUCUAUUUAUAAAAUAUAAAUUAUGCAUUUUUUCUAAAACGUAUACAAAAAAAGGCAAUUCCAGUUUAUAAUUAUUAUUUGUAGUUAAUAGAUGAUUUUUAAACACAUUUUGAAACGCAAUGAAUUUUUAUUAUGAUUAACGGCCACCAAAGUGUUGAAUUUUAAACAAAUUGUCCCGCUCUCCCCCCAAUUCCCCAUAACGUUUACCUUUCCUGAUUAUGGGUCCUAGCGUAGCACAAAAAAUGUAUUCACCCCCCACCUAAACAUAUCUGGGCGCGCCAUCGCUUUUCUACGCAUACAUAAAAUACAGGGGCCAAGUACCAUACAUAAAUCAGGUUGGCCAACCUAAGCGCGCAACUUGAGACUUCUCCCUUUCUCCCCUCUCUUUCCAUAGUUACACGUUUUAGUAGAUGAUGCUUGAGGCUCACCAUCAUUAUAAUCUUAAUAUUAAUAAUAUGAUGCCGUUUAAUUAUAUGCUAUUUUUUGUAAUUUUGUGGAAGAUGAAUUUUAUAUUUGAUUGCUUUUGGUUGAAAACCAAUUUCUUGAUUUUACUAAUUCUCCAUUAUAUUUUUUUCCGUAAUUAUCAUAAUUUAUAUAAUAUAUACAUAAAUAUAUUAUAAAUAAUGAAUGCUUUAUUUUUCUAAACGAAUUUACUAAUAUUGAUUUUGAUAGGGGAAAAAAAAGGCUUAACGAUCGAAGCAUGCAACAUUAUAGUAUAAUAAUACUAGUAGCUACAAGGCAUAAAUUAAAGGCGUUGAUCGCGGUGCACGAAUAUACCGAACUCGUUAUACGCGAUACCCAUUAUUUACACGGGCAUGGGUGAUCAUUUUCGAUUUUUCCGAUCUAUCUUUCUUCCGCCACUACUUCCUUCUUCCUACACUACGUCAUAGAAUUUUGUGAUCACGUGACCGGCAGCGCCAUCUUGCUUGAUUUUGGUAUUUUUGUUGGCUCUCUGUUGGUAAUGCUCAGCUCGCUCAACUCAACUACUCGGCAAUACGGCGGGCGACAUAGCUGAACUAAAAAGGCUUUCCCCCAGUUUGCGUGACGUGUGGCUUUAUAAUAGUGUGUGUGUGUGUGUGCGUUUGUGCGCGUGUGUGCAUGUAUAACGUCUUGCCCGUUAGGAGACGCAUUGCAUUAUCCGUCGUGUUUAUACAUUUAUUUAUUUAUAUUUUUUUUUACCGUUUCGCUCUUGUCAUUUUCGAGAUAAUAAUAUACGGUGAAAAUGAUUUCCAUAAUCGAUUUGUACGCGCGUUAAUUCGAAACAUGUAAGUGAAGUUAUGAGUGCGUCGGUUCUUUCGUUACGGCUCCGUUUAUACGGCGUAAACAACUCUGGACGGCUACCCCUACAUUUUUAUACCUCUCCUCAUCGAUCGAUUGACGAUCGUGUUUGACGGAACGUGAGUGUUGUUUAUAACUUUUUUCAUACCUAGUUUUAUCUAAUAAUAUGUACUUGCAGUGUUCGUUUUUUAAUUGUUUUUCGUUAAUUGUUAUACUUACAAGAAUCUAUCAUUCGAUUGUAGUUAGAACAACUCUGUUUACUGGAAAGUGAUAAUGAUAAUUGAAUUCAUUAAUUUAUAAACUACCUAUAAUAAAUAGUGUAAGUAGUGGUGAUCGCUUGCGUCAAAUCGGUAUGUUACUGUUGUUGGUUGUAGGUUAGGUUUUCUGUUCGGCCAUAGACAAUAUAUAAUCAAAAUCUUAUCAUUUUAUAAACUAUUUUACACGGUAGCUACUACCUCGAAUACGUUAUUGAAUGUCAAUUCGAUGAUAUUGAGUUGACCAAUAAUAAUUGUUUGGAGUAAUUUAAAUUUGACUACCUAUAUAAUAUGCGUACCUAUUAAUUAGUAUUUGGAUAUUUUGAUUGAUUUUUUUUUUUUAUAAAUUCAUUAAUAUACUAUUGAGGUCAAUGAUGUAUAAAAUGCAUUGGCCUAGUAAGUAAAAUAAGUAAAUCGUUUCUUUAUUUAUUGUUUAUAUUUACUCAACAUCUUAAUUGUUUUAUUUUGAAUAAAAUACUUCAUACCAUAUCCCGUUGAAAAAAAAAUGUAAGAGCAUACCUAAUGUUUUUCUUAAAAUAUUCAAACAGGUUUCCACUUGAUGAAAAAUGUACCUAACCAAUAUUAUAGGUACAAUCUUAAAAAUCUUCAAUGUCAUUUAGGUAAAUACUACAUACCCGUUUAAAAUAUUUACUUUAAAGUUUUCGUUUUGUAAAGAAAACAUGUAUUUCCUCUAAUAAAAUAAGAUUUCUAAGUAGUAUUCUUGUUUAUACAGCAAUUUGUAUAUUAUAUUCUAUCUCUAACUUUUUAAUAGUUAUGCAAUAAUUAUUAGUAGGUAUGGUGAAAAUACAAACCUUUUUUUACUUCAGCAGUUACUCAAUAUUAUCAGGAUUUUUAUAUUUUAAUACCUACUCACUGUUUCCAGGUUUAUCAUCAUCUAGUUAACUAUUUUAUGAAAUGGCAGAUACAGAAAUUGAAACCGAUUUAAGUAAGUUAAUUAAACAAUUACAGUGUGUUAUAAAUGGUUAUAUUUAUAUAGUAUUUUCAAUAUUAAUUAUAUUAUUAUUUUAGUAAAUAUUACAAACCAUUGUUAAAAUUAAAACUACUAUAACUACUCGUUUACUAUGGUCGUUUUAGGUUGACAUUUUUUGAAUCGUCUAUACAUUUUUUUCGUAAAAGUAAAUUGACACUUAGAAUAUAAAAUGUUUUAUUAUUUAGUUCCUAGGUAUAUCUUUUGGCUAUAACCUGGAUUAUGAAAAAUUAGAAAUUCUAUUUCGGGCAACCUUCCCUAAACAAAUUUCUCCCAUCAUAGUCUAAACAGUCUAAACAAAAUGCAUCAAUCGUGCACGACGAUGGCUAAUUAAAACUGUCUGAUGAGUAUACACAGAUUUAAAAUACAUUUUUAUAAUUUGUGAUAUCAGAUCAUCGCGAACGCUUUUCUAGGAAUAUUCACGCAGUUGUUUAACAUAACAUCCAAUUUUAUACGGUAAUAAUAAUAAUUACUGUUAGUGCAGCGCAAGAGUCAACAUGUUGAUUAUAGUUGUGCUAUUUGGUACCAGCUGUAUGUGGGUUCAUGAGCUGACGGUGGGAGCGUGCUUGUCAUGACCGGUGAUAUCAAGCGGAGAUGCACACCGCUGAAUGAAAACUGGUCGCGAAAGCGGUAUAUUCUCUUUUGAAAUAGUUUGUAGCUAUGAUUAUUUUUAAAGCGAUACCUCAUGGAGGGUCUACAACAAAUUUGGUUGAAAAUUACUAUUUGUGGUUUAGGAAUCUAUAGAAUAGUUAUUAUUUAAAUUUUACUGGUUUCUAUAGAGUUUCCAGAUGGAUUAAAAACUUUGUUGUUGGUAGUAGGUAUAUAUUAUAUACACCUAUGUACUAUUUUCCUAAACUAUAAUGUCAUAAUAUUAAUACAAAUUGUAAUAUGUACCAUUUGCAGUAUUCAAAUUUGAAUUUUAAUAAUUUAUGUCUUGAUUUUAAAAUAUUGUGAUGGUACCUAAUAUUUUAUUUUUGUAUAAUUUCUCUAAUAAUAUAUAAGUAUAUUAAAUAUUUUUUAAAAUUUUGUUAUAGGUGUCAAAUUAAAUGGUAAUGUCUGUACUAACAUUGAACAACAUAAAAAAUUAAGUGAUGAACUGAAAACCAAUAAAAUGAUCGACAAGAGUGACAAGAAUACUGAUUCUAAUUUAAAUUGUGAUAAAAGUCAUGUAGAAAGGAGUAUAUCUUUAUCUAACCAUAGUAAUGAUGGUGAAGAGGUAUACUGUGAAAUUGAUGAUGAUGAAAAUGAUAGUGAAGAUGAAAAUCACAUUAAUAAUAAAGACUGUAAAUCAGAUGAUGACAUAAUUGAAGAUGACCAGACUGUUGAUAGCGAAAAUGCAACUAUAAAUAGUGAUGAAUUGUGUGAUCCAGAAAAUAGCUGUAAUGGUACCAGAGAAAACGCUAGUAAUGAUAGUGAAGAACAAAUGGAAAUAGAUGCAGUCGAAGAACAAAAAGUAGAUGAUGAACAAAUGGAUGUUGAAAAUUAUGAGGAAAAAGAAGAUAGAAUAAAUGAUCAAAAUGAUACUGAAAGUAGGUCAAAUGAGAUAAAAAAAUCAUUAGAAGACUCCAGAAUUAGUCUUGAUAAAUCUGUUACUAUUGUUAAAGUUCCAGAUCCAAAACAAUCACCUGGUAGUAGUGGUAAAAAAAAAGUAAAAAGCUUACCUGAUAUAACCUUAACUCCGCGUAGAAGUACACGGAAUUUAAACAAACUCAAAAGUUUUAAUGAAAAAGAUGAAGAAAAGAAGGAAAUUCUAACAGAUGAUGUAAAAAUUUCCUCUCUUAAAACAACAAUGGUUACCAAGCCUAUUGUUGUUAACGAUACUAAAAAAUUAGUAGAGAUUGCUGCUGGGACUAAACAAAAAAGUAAUAAAAAAGAACCUACUUUAGUUAUAAUUGAUACUAAUAUGUUGUCAGGACGAAGUAAUUUACCUAUAGGUGUGUCUAUGCAAUCCAAUACACAUAACAAUGCAAUGAGUGUUACCCAAACAACUAGUAAAACGAUUCAACAUUCCUAUAAUCGUGUUCAACCGCCUCAAACUACUAUAAAGCCAUUUAUAUUAGCUACUGCAUCAAAUUCUGGUGCUUCCCCUCAAAUUAGUGUUCCCAAACCUCCAAUUAUAUUACCAACUCUCACUGAUGAUAUGUUUGUUGUUGAAGCACCAUCUUUUAUUGUGCCUUAUGUUUAUGAAAAGCCACCAAAAAAACCAUUAAAAGAAUAUGUUGAGAAAAUUGAAGACAAUAAAACAAUAAAACCUAAAAUAAAAGUUGCCAAAGGAGAUAUAGAUGAAAAUCUAUCUGAAGAGGACAAUGAAUUAUUAAGUAAAAAUAAUCGAAAAGAAAAAAGUAUUAUUGAUGAUGAUAAUAUUAACAUUAAUGAAUCAGAAAAUCAAAUACCAAUUGGUGAAAAAAAGAAAAAUAAAGAGAAUGGAAAUGACCAAUUAUCCUUAAAUGAUUCAGAUGAUACAAAAUCUAAAAGUUUAUCUGGAUCAACAGAUUUAAAAAAAAGUGAUAGUAUUACUGAUCUCACUGUUGAUUCUGAUGAGAAGAAAACUGAUGUUGUUAAAGAUAAACCAAAGACUCAGAGUUCUAAUUACUUUGAAAAUCCAUUAGGAAAAUUUUUCAUGCAAAUAGGUGUAAAUCUUGUACAAGAGCAUGUUCAAUUGGAUCUAUUACGCACUCAAAGAAGAAAACGAGAUAGAGAAGGUGAUAAAUGCCCUGAAGAAGUUCAUAUUGCUAUUAGUUCGUUAAUAAAAACUUUAGAGUUUAGUAAAGAGAAUAAUGAUCCAUUCCAAUUUGGUUUAAAAAAGUGUGAACUGUGUAAUUUUAAAUCUGAAUCGAGUUUAGUAAUGGCUCACCAUUUAGAAACUCCUCAUAUGACAGCUAAUUACUGUUAUAGAUGUAAUUUUUGUACUUUCCAAGUACGCAGUCCUCAUGAAAUAAUAAACCACAUGGAAACACAUAGUAGUAGAGGACGUUUGGAAAGAGGUCCAGCUUUACAUCAAUGUCCAAGCUGUCCUUUUGAAGACAGUUAUAAGGGUAAACUGACCAGACAUUUAAUAUCUUGUACGAAAAAAUAUCGCCCUGAAAUCAACCAGGUAUUUCAUUUUAUAAAUUGUUAUAUAUCAGAUAAUCUAUAAAAAGUAAAUUUUUAUAUUUUUUUUUUCAUUUAAAGGCACCUCCAUUAGAUUGGGAACCUCCAGCUAAAAUACCUAGAGUAUUGCGAAACAAACCUUCAAUGAGUCCUGGAAAUGCAGUUUAUCAAGCAGCUAUGUCUGGAUUUAAACAAUUUCCUAAUCCUAACAUGUUGCAAUUACAGCAACAUCAACAAUAUAAUAAAAUGAUAAUUGCAUCAUCUGGGGCUAGAGGUCGGGGCCGUUCUGUUUUACCUGGACAACGAUUUUCAGGAAUGGUGCCUUCUUAUCCAACUACACUGCCAAAUCAAACUUCUGGAGGUAUGAUAAUUAUUAAAUAAAUAACACUGUGUUGACAUAAAGUCAAAUACUAUUCUAAUAAUCAAAUAUAAUUAAAGAUCAUAUUCAAUAGAUAGUACAACUUAUUUUGAUAUCAGAGAAAUCAAAUAUGAAUAUAAAUUGAACUAAUUAUAAUCUUCCUAUUUAAUUUUAAAUUUCAAUUUUUGUCUACUUCAAAUGAUAAAAUUUACAAAUUAUUAUUACUCAGGUAGUUACACACAAUAGAAAUAUAACUAAAAUAUGAAUUUUUACGUGUGGUUUUGUCUAAGAGUAGAAAAGUAUUUUAUAAAUACAAUUAUACAAGUGUCGUGAUACUAUUAAGAUAUCGAUAAUAAUAAUAUCAGACACCUAUAUUUACAGCAAUAUGCUAUUACCAUAUCAAACACAUUUGUCUGUAACGCACAGUGGAAUAUCAAUGUUUUCUCCAUUAAUAUAUUUCAUAUAGCCACCCAUACACAUCUUGAGAGUUUAAUUUUGUUUGAAAAUAACAAUCAUUUUGCUUAAAGUUAAAUGAAGUUUAAAAGGUAAAAUAUCAUCUCAGAUCUCUAUACAAUAUAUAUAAUAAAGUACUUUAAACCCAUGGUAAAAUUAUUUAUUGUCUUGUGUGUAAAAAAAAUAUAUGAUUUUAUUAUCUAAUUUUAAUGUAUCUUUCAUUGCAAUUAUACCAUAUUUAUACUGCAAUUUUGAUACGUUUUAAUUGUAAUUUUAAUAUAUUUUUAAGGCAAUUAAAUUUGAUCUUUAAAUAUAAUAUGUACAUUUAAUAAACACAUAUACAUUAAAUUCAUAUAAAAGAAAAAAAUGACCUAGGUUAUAUGAGUUGUUUAAAUGUACAAUUAUUUGAUCUAAAACUACAACAAAAACUAACUAAUUUUUUUUUUUAUUGUUAUUCUUUAGAGUAUUAUCCUAUAAAGCAAAUUUGUAUUUUUUUAUGAAUUUUUAGAAACAAAUGUAACUCAAAAAACUAAUUUUAUAUUUGUAUUGGAUCUAUUUUACCAAAAUGUAUAUAUUUUAAUGUAAUCUAAUUUCUUAAAUUACUUUGAACUACAAAUUAACUAAUAUAAUACAUUCAAUUCAUCCUUAAAAGUGUAUUUUAACAACAUUUGUAUUAUUAUUUUUCAGGAAUUGUGUUAAAAAAUACAAGUAUUAAACCAAUUAAUCAAUCAAUGAUUGUUCCUACACCUUAUUCAAUGAACAACCAUACAUAUCAGGUAAUAUAUAUAUAUAUAUAAGUUAUAACUUUAAAAUCAUAAUUGUAUAUUUAUCUAAGUAUUUAAGAUAUGAUCUUAUAGUUAUAAUGUUUGACCUUAAAAGAAAUAAUUUUUCUUUCUUAUCCAAAUAUCAUGUUAAUUAUUGCUUUAAAUUGUUACAUUACCAAAGAGAUCUUAUUAGUUCCAUUACAAAAUUUCCUCCACUCGUCUAUUAUUUUCCUUUCUAUAAUUGUAUUAAACCUAACAUUUUAACCAGCCUAUGCCUGGUGUAUAAGCACUGGUAUUCUCUAACUCAUGCCAAUUGAUGAACCUAUUUUUCGCAACUCAUUAUAUUUCUUUAACUUCAUUUGGCAUUUUUGUUUUAUCAUCCCCUUAAGCCUUGGUUUCCUAUAAUCAAUCAGAAGUGUUUUGCUACAUUUACAAAUGAUGGAAAUAUUCUAGAAAAAUAUUGACCUCCCACUGAUGCGAUGCAAUAUGAAAGCGACUAAUCGUAAGCUAUUGGUGCUGUCAGUCGCUUGGUAAAAGUUGCGUUGUCAACCACAUUUUUUGGUAUAAUAUAAUAUAUUUUAUUAAAUGACUAUAGGUACCAUAUUUGACUAUAUUUUUACUACUACUAUUUAAUAUUGUUUUAUACUAUAAUAAAUUAAUAAAAUAAUAUAAUAUAAAUAAUAAUAUAUAUAAAAAAUCUUCUUUCUUCUUCUUUCUUGGUUUUGGCCAUUCAAGACCAUACCUCUAGAUAAACAUACUGCCACCUAUCCCUAUCAUUUGCUACUUCCUGCCAAUGACACUCUGGCUCCACUGUUUCAGUGUCUCUCCUAACACAAUCCUCCCAUCUUAGACGCGGUCUUCCAAAAGAUCUCCUCCCUACUGAGUUUUCCUCUAUUACUCUUCUUAUUAAUGAGUCAUGUUUCCUCCAGGCAUGUCCAGCCCAAACUAGCCUUCUUUUUUUUAUCUCUUUCAGUAUAUCCGGUCAUUGAAAAAGGGAUUGCAGUUCUUCAUUGUGUAAUUUCCUCCAUUCAUUUGUGAGAACAUCAAAGUAUGCCCCAUAAAUUUUCCUGAGUACUUUUCUCUCAAAUACUGCAAUUCUUCGUUCUUCAGUCUUUCUCAGAGGCCAUGUUUCUGCUCCGUACAGGACAAUUGGCCUUAGCAAAGUUAAGUACAUUCUAACUUUUAAAUUCUUAGAAAUUGCUCUUGAUCUAAAAUUUUUACUAAGUCCAAAGAAACAUUUAUAAGAUGAUUGUAAUCUCAUUGAAAUUUCUGUUUUAAUGUCGUUAUCUUGAGUUAUAAUCGACCCUAAGUAUUUAAAUUGAUCCACUCUUUUAAAUUUGUAUUCUUCCACUUCAAUGAAUUCUUCUUGUACCUGAUUCUGUACCUGAACUAAUAAAAAUACCGUAAAUUAUUAUUAUAUAAUUUAACUAUAGUGUGCUAUACUAUUAGCCAUAAAACUAUGGCAAAACAAAAUAAGAAAACUUAACUUUAAACCAUGAUAGCUACUGAGAAACUCUAGUCGCGUUGCCUAUAGUGUGCAGAACUCACGACGUCAGGUCGUACAAUAUUUUAUUUGGCAACUAUUUUUUUAUAUCGCAUCACGUUGCGUUGCCCCAGUGUGACGAAAGUCUAAGUAGUCUAUUUAUGAGAAUGAGUUAAUGUUAUUAUCAGUAUUUAUGUGUGUUUAAUUAUUAUUUUUAUUAUUUUCAGCAAAAUUCAAAUACUAACAAAUCUGUACAGCAACCAAGUAUAUCAAUAACUCCUUUGCCCCGAUCAUUUCCAUCAAGUAACUCGCAGUCAGGUUUUGUUACUUCUUUAUCUAAAGCCAAAUCUCUACAGCCUCAAUUGACAACUCCAACUAACAGUAGUAAUAAACCAACUUUUGUAAUAUGUGAAAUAUGUGAUGGUUACAUUAAAGACUUAGAACAAUUACGUAACCAUAUGCAGUGGAUACAUAAAGUAAAAAUUCAUCCUAAAAUGAUUUAUAAUCGACCUCCACUAAACUGCCAGAAGUGUCAGUUUAGAUUCUUUACUGAUCAAGGUCUUGAAAGACAUUUACUAGGCUCUCACGGUUUAGUCACAUCUAGUAUGCAAGAAGCGGCUAAUAAAGGAAAAGAUGGGGGAAGGUAAGAUUAUUUUAUCAUUUUACUUGUUUUUAAUUAUGAGGCACAUCCAGAAAGUAGAAAUAUUCAUUUUUGUAUUUUUUUAAAAACAAAAAACAUAUUGUAGGUUUAUAUGUUGGUAUUUUAAUACGUAGUAGCUUUCCAUUUGCAGGUUAUAAAUCAUAGAACAAGGUUUUUAAUGCCCUCUUCAAAGCAUUCUCCUACAAUCUCCUUUGUCCAUUUCAAGACCUCUUGUUUUACCUCAUCAUCGGUUAAAAAUUUGGUUCCACCUAUUUAGAGUCUUUAUAAUGGUGAAAAGAUAAAAAUCAAGGAGCUCAUGAGAGCUAGAAGCCUUUAUUCAAUUUGUAAUGUUCUGUCAAAUGUUUUAGGACCCAUAUUGAGCACAAUUUUUGAUUUCUCAGUGUUUCUUGUAACAGAGAUCUAGACAAUUUGUGAAAACAUCAAAGAAAUUUCAUCCACUGUCUUCGCGGUCUCCAUAAAUAAUUUCGUCGAUAUUUUGCACCAAACCAUUUGUCAAAAUUGAAGAUCUUCUGUUCAUCAUGAAUAUUCGUUUUUCUUUCAUUAAAUUCAUUAUAUCACUUAACCACAUUGGUUUGAUUUAUAAUAUCUUUACUAUAAACGAUUUUGAUCCGUGUAAAAAUCUCAUUUGGUAUUUUUUCUUCUGCAUAUAGUCGUAUCUUAUGACUACACACCUUACACUUGGCGAGAUUUUUUCUUGACAUAUUUCACAGAGAAAGACAUUAUAAGGUGAGCUUUGGUACUAGCGGUGGUUACUAAGAGCUCACAGUGUUCAGGAAACCACUACAACUUAAUGUUGUAAACUUUUGAAAAAAAUAUUCUCACAGCUACUCUUUCAGGAUAUGCCUUAUAGAUACAAAGUUGUGAUGUAUUUAUUAUUUUAACUUUAUUAAAUUAGAUGUCCAGUGUGUGGUAGAGUAUAUCAAUGGAAGUUGCUAAAUCAUGUAAACCGUGAUCACUCCAUGUCAUUAAAGCCAGCACAUUUAUCUUAUAAAUGUACUGUAUGCACUGCAACAUUUGGAAUGUACAAACAGUUUGAAAACCAUGUUUAUUCCGCUCACAGCAAUGUAGCUAAAAACUCAAAUAAAAAACCUCUUGGUAAUCAACCUACAGCUUCUUCAUCGACUUCAACAUCUACACCUAAGGUAUAUAAAUUUUUAUUUAUUAACAAAUUAUUAAUUUUAAAUUUCAAUAUCGUAGUGAUUAAAUUUCGUUUGUUUAUUUAAUAAAUAUUCUGGUAUUCCUUUUAAUUUAGCCAUUAAAAAUAAAUGAUGAAAUUACUAUAAUACCACAGCCACCUAAGAUACAAAAUUUGUCUAUUAAAAGCAGUAAUAAACCAGUUACGUCAACUGGAAAACAGAGUACAGUCCCAACUACAGCAAAAUCUAAAGUAAGACAAUUUAGUGUUAUAUACAAUAUUUCAAUGCUUAAUGUAAAAUUUGUUCAAAUACAGAUCUUAUAAAAUAUGAUAAGUUGUAUUUUCUAUGUAAUUAUACAUAGGACACAAAUAUCAAAAAAAUAUUUUAAUUUGUUGUGUAUUUUUAAUUGUUUUAGGUGUAAAGAAAAUUAAAAUGAAGACAUAACAUUUGAUUAUUCAGUUUUGAGAAUUUGGGAGACAUCAGGGUUGUCAGUUAACCCAAUUUAGUUCACUCGAGAAUUUUUUACUUUUAUUAUUAAAAUAUCGGGUCACAAUUUUUUUUUUUUUUUUUUUUUUUUGAAUUUAAUAAUUCACUAAUUAUAAUUUAUAUAAUAAAGUAUAUAAGAAUAUUGUUGAUUUCGAAAUUGUACAUUAUGUUCUAUCACAAAAAUGAUUAGAGUGAAUAUGUAAAUUGAAUUAAUUUUACUUAAAUAUAAUUUAUAAAUAUACAAUUUGUUAUAUAUAUUACUAAUUAGAAAUAAUUUUAUAUUAACGUUAUUCCCUAGAAUAUUAUGUAUAUCUAUAUCCAUGACUGUAAAUAACAAUAUGUUUAUUUUAACAGUGAAGGUGUAUCUAUUAUUUUUGUAUAUCAAACAAUCAAUUACACAAAUUUAUUUAAGUUAUGCCCAUCCUUAUUUAUUUUAUUAUUCAUUUUUUUUUUCUACUUUAUCUUCAGCACUUGUAUUGUUCAUAAUAUAUAUAUACAAAUAUAUAUUUUAAAAUCUGCAUUAAACACUUAAUUCUAAUAAUUAAAAAUUAGUUUAGAACAGUGUAUAUAUGAGUUAAUGGCUCUUUUUGUUACAUAUUGGUUGUACAUUAAAAAUAUAAAAUAAGACUAUAUUUUUGUACUCUUUGUAAUUUUAUUUAAAAUGUCUUCAGAUUUAUUUAACAAUUAAAUAUUCUAAGUAAUUAAUAAAGUUAGCACAUGAGAUUAG